ACGUCUACACCGUGGAUGGCAGCUAUUGCAAGCCGUUGACUAUGGUCCGGCGUGCCCUCAACCAGUACGAUAUACAGGCGUCACCAAAGGUAUUACGGACAUGGAUGAAGAUUGUCUCUACUUGAACAUAUUUUCACCAAAGACAGGUGCUGGCGUGGCGCAAAAGUAUCCUGUGAUGGUCUAUAUACACGGUGGAGAGUUCAUACGUGGUGCCUCUAACCUUUUUCAAGGUCAUAUACUCGCGUCCUUCUACGAUGUUGUUGUAGUUACGAUUAAUUAUAGACUUGGUGCACUUGGUUUCUUAUCGACCGGUGAUGAGAACUCACCAGGCAAUUAUGGGAUACUAGAUCAAGUAAUGGCUCUAAGGUGGAUUUAUGACAACAUUGAAUUCUUCAAUGGUGAUCGCGAGUCGAUUACAUUGUUUGGCCCAGGUGCAGGUGCAGGAUCUGCCGGUCUGCUAAUGGUUGCACCGCAAACUAAAAACAUAGUGAAGAGAGUUAUUGCACAAUCGGGAGCUGCUUUGGCGGACUGGACACUUAUUCAAGAUAAAUAUCGUGCACAGAAUACCAGUCGCGUAUUGGGCCAAUUGCUUGGCUGCUCCAUAGAAUCGUCAUGGAAACUGGUUAACUGUCUUCGGACUGGACGUAGCUUUUAUGAGCUGGGCAAUGCAGAAUUCCCACCGCAAGUAGGUACGUUUCCUUGGGGGCCGGUGCUGGACCACAACUUCACGGUGCCUGCCGAUGAUUGGUAUGAGGGUUGGCGUGAAAAAGAUUGGAAAUUCUUAACGCAACCUCCGGAAUAUCUUAUUCGACAAGGGCAUUUCAAUCGUGGAUUGCAGUAUAUGACAGGUGUAACGACUCAAGAGGCAGCUUUGUUUGUAGGACAAAAUGAGUCUUUAGCACCAUAUUACGAAAUUGAUGCUAAAUUCUUUGAUCAAAAAAUCCGCGAACAUGUCUUCCGGUACAAUUACACACUAAAUCCGAAUGGCGUUUACGAGGCUAUCAAAUACAUGUAUACAUAUUGGCCGGAUCCCAACAAUAGUACGGUGAUACGUGAGCAAUAUAUAAAUAUGCUUUCUGAUCUGUAUUUUCGAGCACCAGUUGAUAAAAUGGUUAAAUUACUAUUGGAGCAGCGCGUACCAGUCUAUAUAUACGUGCUCAACACAACAGUGGAAGCAUUGAAUUAUCCACAAUGGCGAAAAUAUCCACAUAAUAUAGAACAUUAUUUCCUUACUGGCGCUCCAUUCAUGGACAUAGAAUUCUUUCCUAAAAGGGAACAUCUCCAGCGCAAUAUGUGGACAGACAACGAUCGAAACAUGAGUCAUUUCUUUAUGCAAACCUAUUCGAAUUUUGCCAGAUACGGUAAUCCCACACCACAACAAGUUUUGGGCAUCCAUUUCCAACGUGCGUAUCAAGGCGAGCUGCGCUACUUGAACAUCAAUACGACUUUCAACUCAUCAAUAUUGCUCAAUUAUCGACAAACUGAAUGUGCGUUUUGGACACAAUACCUGCCAACGGUAAUCGGAGUGCUAGUUCCGACUUAUCCGCCUACAACGGAGUUUUGGUGGGAGCCAAAAGAGCCUUUACAAAUUGCAUUCUGGACUAUGUCGGUAGCUUGUUUCUCCCUCAUCGUUUUAGUGGUUAUUUGCUGUAUUAUGUGGCGAAAUGCUAAGAGGCGCUCAGAUUUUUAUGACGAAGAUGUUUUUAUAAAUCCCGACGGCACAGAGCUACCUGAUGAUGGCCAUAGCGGUGUAGAUAACGCUCAUAUGGUUGCCAAUCAUCAUGCACUCCGCUCCCGUGACAAUAUCUACGAGUAUCGUGAUUCUCCAUCAUUCAAGACUUUGGGCAGUAAAAUCCAUAUUGAAACAACAUUAAUUCGAUCUCCUAGUUCCUUGGCCAUGACACAUAAACCAGGAAGCCAGUCCUCUCUGAAAUCAGCGAUUUCGCUAAAGGAAACGAAUGACGGAACGUUAAGUAGCACCUACAGCAGCACACGGCCUUCACGCUUGGGCACAAUCAAUAAUAGUGCUACACCAACUACACAAAAGCCGAAGAGUGUAGAGGAAAAACGGCUAUUAACAUGUGAGCCACCAACGCCAAUAUCGAGCGCACCACUUAUUGCGACUACAACUACCACAAUCUCAGAAACUCCGGGACUUACAAGUUCCAAGCUCAAAGCAGCGCCCACUGGGACUAUGAGCAGUCGCAGUACAACACCAGUGCCUAGCGCUCGCAACUACCCGCAUACCACCACAGCGACAAUAAGCUCUGCACCACAAUUGCAACGCUCCCUACUCCCACCCACAUCAGCCACUCAAGAAGCGUCACAGCCCCACGCCCGGACACAAGUUAUUGAAGGUGUGCCCCAAACAUCGGUUUAAGAUGCAGCUCUCUAAGUGAGUUAGUGAAUGGCAUACUCAUUUAGAGAGUAUACAUAGAGAGUUUUCCUAAUUUAUAAAAUAAGGUAUAGUUUGUACAUUUGUACGUACAGUGAGAAAAAAAUCAGCCAAAAAUUGGUUAAUAUUACCAAAUUUAAACUUGAAAAGGAAUCAAGGUGAUUUUUUUGUUUAAUAUUAACAAUGCCAUUGGUGAUAUCAAUCACACUUUUGUUUACCUAAAACAGAUUUUUGUUGCCAACUUUUUCGUUUGAAUACGCUUAUGUUUUGCACUUAAGAGAUGCUUUUUGAUAUUUCGGAAACUCAAAAAAAAAAACAUUCUUUAUCGCUUUAACCAUGUUGUCUCCGACGGCAUUCUAACUCGAACCUGCUAGAAGCUAGCAAAUAACAGCAAACAUCUCUACACGAUUUGCUGCAGUCAGACAUUCAAACGUGUUUUCACAUGUUCAACUUUAAUCACAUUUCUACAAUCGUCGACAUCGCUGGUUACAUAUGUGCAUCAGUUAUGCUCAAAACAGCACCCGCGGGUGAAAUUCUUCAAAGCUCUCUGCAGAUUUUGGUAUCGGCGAUGGGCAGAGAGAGCUUUUAUUCUGCAUGCGACUAUACAAAAUAUAUAUAAAGCUCAAAAGAGCUUUGCCCGCGGGCAAGGCGGUGCCCAUCACCGUUUUAUAUGGAUGCGCUCUCUGAGCAUCACUCAUAUCAUAUUCGAUCGAAUCAAAAAUAAUCAUUCAAAAACUCAUGAAUCUACAAAAUCGCAUUUUCUGACCUAAAUCGAUAGGUCGUGACCUCUAAAUGACCUUUGAAAAUCUAUAAAAAUAGGCAAUAAUAUUUCCCUUAAAACGAUAAAACGAUAACGGGUAGGGUCUUGAAAUUUUCAAAAAAACACAUUUUCGAUGGGCACCCUAAUGUACAUGCAUAUCAGGGAUGCCAACUCAUUUUUUCUUUCUCCCCGUUGGCCACCGCGAAAUUCUACGAUUUUCGGUGGAAUUCCCCGGACUGGCAUGAUUCCAUACUAAGAAAACUAAAACUUUGUAGUCCAGUUCCUUGAAUUUAUUAACGAAUGUUGCUAUUAAAUGAAAAGGAAUGACCGUUUGCUACGUUUAUACGUAAGCUAUUCGUAAAAAAAAGAAUUCUGAAAGUACCUAACUCACUGUUUGUACAAGGGUGAAAAAUUCUUAUUCAACGUUGCCUGAUUAUAAAAUUUCAAUAAAAUGAUCAUCGAAAAUUAAAAUAAACUUUCUUCCAAAUACAAAAAAAU